AUGGCAGACAGAGCUUCAGUCAAAAGUCUCACAGAGCAAAGAUUUCUAAACUUCACUCGAAGUAACUUUGACUACAGUUUACUAAACGAAGAUCCUAUUCUCGAGGGCGGAUCCACUAUAGGUCAGCUAGUAAGACACACCUCAGGAUCCAUUCUAUCUUCUAUCUUUUACCUAAGAAACCUAGACUUCCAACAUCAAGAACAACAAAAAUAUUGGCAGCGUAUUGAGAUACGAGAAGCGCUGAAUGGCGAAGGUUGGGACGACGUUGUGAGAUGUCGUCUCAUAAUCCCUCGUGGAAUCCGCAAUAUGAAGAGUGAAACCUGGCAGAAGUAUGUCCUCCGAGCGUUCAAGUAUCACGUUUCAAGCCCUACCAGUGAUGUUUCGCCACUUUAUUGGUCAGCUUCCCAUAUUCUUGAGAAGCUCAAGCAAUGUCAGAUCCCUGUAUUAAAAUAUGAUCAUAUAAAGUGGUACGGGUUCACGGUCACAAACAACACGAUAGGAGUAGUGCGAAUAUGGACUUUAUAUCGUUUUCCGACUUAUGGACAAUUAUCGAGGGAGACACUUGAUCACAUUGCUCGCUGGACGGAAGCAGAAGGCGGGGCGAGAAUUGUCGAUUGGAACCAGGUUGCUGAGGGUUUAAGCUCUGAGUUGGUCGGGGAAGGUGAUACAGACAAAGCGAAGGAUUUGAUAAGAGAAUGGGCUAGCUACCUGGAUCCUUAUGCGGAUUAG